AUGUCGUCUUCCCACCCAAUCGAACCCAUUGAAGUCGAGGAACUGUCUGUGCACCACGUGCUGGUGGAUCCCGAGGAUGACGGAGGAUAUCCGACCGAUCUUGAGAGCUAUGCGACCUCGUUGAGCUCGACCGUGCUCGACUACAAAUGGGUCAAUGGACGGCGCUUCCACGCCUACAAAGAGGGUAGCUACAAAUUUCCCAACGAUGAACGGGAGCAGAACCGACUGGAUAUGAUGCACUGCAUGUUCAAGCUUACCAUGGGUGGCCAGCUAUUCCUCGCCCCGGUGGAAGUGGAACAGCCCUUGCGGGUCUUGGACAUUGGCACGGGAACCGGUAUAUGGGCGGUUGAAGUUGGUGACCAAUAUCCAAACACCAAAAUGAUCCUGGGCAACGACCUCAGCCCUAUCCAACCUGAUCUACAAACCCGCGUAGGGGGUUGGAUUGAAUUCCAAGAAUUCCACCUGGUCAAUUACAGCCAAGACGGUACUCUCACUAAGGACAAUGGCGUGAACAGGUUUUAUGAGCUGCUUGCCGAGGCCUGCGAGCAAAUGGGCCGGCCGGUGACUGUCGGUACUGAGUUAGCCGGCUAUGCUGCCGCGGCUGGUUUCCGCAACAUCCACCAUCGUGUCUAUCCCUUGCCUCUAGGGCCCUGGCCCAUGGAUCGGCGGAUGAAAGAGGUUGGAGCCCUCAACAUGAUUCAAUUUCUGGAAGGGCUCGAGGCAUUCAGCGUGGCGACAUUUACUCAUGUGUUGGGAUGGAGUCCUGAGGCGGUGCAGCUGUUCCUAGCUGAAGUGCGGGCAGACACGAUGCGAAAAGACGUGCAUAUGAUGCAUAAUUUUCAUGUGGUAUACGCUCAGAGGCUGUGA